AGUCUAUCAGAGGCUCUGCACUGCGGCGGUACCCUCCUCUUUACUGAAAACAUCUUUUCAAAUACAUAAAUACUACGAUUUCACAAAACUAAAGAUCUUUGUGUAUAUAAGCCAACUAGUUCUUCGGUGUUUUAACAAUUUAGUGAUGUGCGUAUAAGGAAUUUAAGCAUAGUGAUAUACCUUUAUACGAUCUUGCCUCAUCCCGCGCUAAUAACGCCGGUCUUUUCUGAGUUCAGAUCUAAACUUCAAACUUGUGUACACAUUAUUAAAGCUGGAUUUCUCAUAGCAACAUCAUUGAGAUUGCAAUCAUGAAGAGAACUAGAAAUUAUACGAGCGGGUGGUGGGUCUUGUUGGCGACAAUUACAUUAGCGGUCCCGGUGCUCAGCGAAGCUGGAGUUGGCCUAUUCAAUGCGAGACUAAAACAAAUUGUCACAUCCAGCACGCUCAAGUGGGCAAACCUUAAAAAAGAAGCCAUGGAAAACUACGUGACUGGUGCCGAGUCGGAAAAAGGACCGAUCUAUCUAUGUAGAACAAGACAUGAAGGCGAUAUGCUACUGGGACAACUAAGACCUGAUUAUACAUCCUGUGCUGUGUCAGGAACUAAAAGUUAUAAUAUCUUCGAAGUAAUGGAAAACAUUGAAAACGCCUCUUUAAUUAUUUGGAAACCUUGGUAUAAGUUUAAUUCUAAGCCAAGCGGCGCAGUAGCUGUGGAUUCGUCAUUAGAUUCCACUUUUGUUGGCAGAAUAAAAAGUGACGGCGGUUUCUCACACAACAUUGGACGAAUAAAUUACGAGAGUACGGUGGGUGAAUUGAUUUCAUUUGAUGAAAAGAACAAUGAAUUAAUUGAACAUAGCGGGGAAAUUUUGAUCGAAGAAGAACCAAUCAGUUAUAAAUUGGAAAAUGUGGAAUUAGAUUUGGAUACACAACACGUGCGUCAAACUGAUCCUCAAGUUUUUGAAGAAAGAAUUUUACGAAAUGAUGAUGAUGUGGCUGCUACUGUGACUACUGAGAUAGAAUACAAGUUCAACUAUACGUUAUCUUGGGGCCACGGACACGGUAUUGCAAUCGGUUUAAACACAACUAUAGAAAUGAGCGAUGGAACCCUUUUUCCACAAAUUGAAUGGGCUAACCCCUAUACGGAAGAGAAAAAAGAGCUUUUUAAAUUAGAAAUAUUUCUAGAACCGGGAACCGCUUGUAAUGUCACAUUCAGAGGCAAUAAUACAGAUCGCGAUGUACAAUACACAGCUAAACUAACGACGUUUUAUAAAGAAAACAAUGCGCGCUCGAGACCAAUGCGGGGUGAACGGAUUGAAAAUACCGUAGAGGUUGAAGCUAUUUAUGGAGAAAUAUAUUACACGGGCAAUAAUACCCUGGUACCAACAACAACCACCACCACGACUACCACCACUACUACCACAACAACAACCACCACACUUCCGCCACUUCCACCCUCAGUAGAAAAGAACGAUAUCGGUAUGAUUAUGGAUAGCAACAGCAUAUUAGGAGACAGUAGUGAAGACAUGGUAAAAGCACCACAAGAGAAGGAAGACAAUAUAAAUAGAUCGGUUGUCGGAGGUUUGGGAAGUAAUCCUAACAACGGUGCCAAUAUCAAAGUAUUUUCUAUUGUCUUGUGUAUUCCUCUGUUUGCGCUGUUACUCUAAAUUAUAUAAAAAUAUACAUAUUAGCUUCUUGUUGUAAAUAAACAGAAUUGAUAUAUCUAUAGAAUAAACCCUAACUAUUGCUUGAAGUUCAUAGAUGUAUUAUGCAACUUCGUUUAUUGGCUGCGAUAACGGCAGUGUAGUAAUAUUGUACAUAGGAUUAUAAGUUGGUUUUUGAAAACAUUCCCGUUGAAGAUAUUCAUUCCAAGUAAAUGGAGGAGCCAAACACAUGCGUGUAAAUAGAGUUUGUAUAUAGUUUAGAGUGUUAAGAGUCGCAGAGCGACCUUAAUUUUUGCAUAAAGGAGUAUGGAUGACAUCUAAAAAAAGAGUUAUCACAAUGAUAAAUCGUUACCAACAUCCUGCUUUUAAAAGUAAAUAAAAUAUUGAUUUAUUUGUUUUAAUAUAGAGCAAUAAGUGACGGAGCAAAAUGCUAUAGAGAGUUUCUUUUAAUCGACUUUGAAGCACAGUGAAGACAGUACAAGUUUAUUUGUAAUUUUCAAAUCUAUUAAUCAAAACAUCUGAUGACAUCAUCAAAAAUUUAAAUUUAAAGCACACAUUUUAAUAUAAUGCUAUUAGACCUUCUCCGCUAAUGUAAUUGUGACAUAUCUUUGUAAUACCUCCUCUAUGUUUUUUUAGUUCUUUUGUUAUUAUUAGUUCUAGAUUACAAAGAGUUUUAUUUAGAAAUAAUUAUAUUAUGUAGUUCAUAGUCGUAGUAGAUUAAUUUAUUUCGUUCUCUUAUAAAUUAUAUUUAUUUUUCAAUGUAACUCUGCUACAAAUCAUGGCUACAUCUAAGAAUCGCAAAACAUUAAAUAUUUAUUACUGUGUAUAGAAUUAAUACCAAAGUAAAUCCUUCCAACAAUACCAUUCUCUACUUUUUCCAUUAACCAAUUAUAAAAUGUAUCAAUAUAUAAUUAUAUUAAUCACUGGAAUAAGGUCUGUAUGAUACCUACAUAUUAUUCUUAUAUAAAGUAACGCUUAGCAACUUUUUGUAUGUGUAAAGAAAUGAAUGAUAUUUUUGUAUGAGCAAAUAGCGUAAGUGAACUCAUUUCAUGUAUUAUAUUUUUUCUCAUAUUAUAUUUUUUUUACAUUCAGUAUUUCGUCAUCAUUUAUCGUAGUUCUCAUGUAUUUCUAGAAUCAGCUUCUUUUCAACUUAUUAUUAGGAGUAUAAUCAUUGUCCCACCUAGAAUAUCAUUAUUCCAUAAGUGUUUAGAGUUAAUACAUUUGUAUUUAAAGAGUAUUUAACGCAAAGGUGUGUUUCAAGUUAAAUUUUGCUUACAUUUUGUCUCGUUGUAUAAUGUAAUUCAAAGUUAAUAUAUUAAAUAUCCUUAUAAGAAUGUAAUUUCGAUGUGGACUUUUGCUUAACGCUCCCUUAGAUAGUAAAACUGUUUCGUAACUAUAAGAUAUUUGUUAAUACUGUAUAAUUAGAUAUUAUAUGAAUAUGAAUCUCAUGACAUCAAUAUUGUUUUGCAAAGCAUAAUUGUGAUGUUCCAUGUAAGUUUUGUUUUAAAUCAUUAAAGUGUAACAGAAA